AUGUCUUCAGAACCAUAUAAGAACGUUUACUUGCUACCCCAAACAAACCAAUUGCUAGGUUUGUACACUAUCAUCAGAAACAAGAACACAACUAGGCCCGAUUUCAUUUUCUACUCCGAUAGAAUUAUCAGAUUAUUGGUUGAAGAAGGUUUGAACCAUCUUCCCGUGCAAAAACAGAUUGUCGAAACUGAGACCAAUGAAAACUUCGAAGGUGUCUCAUUCAUGGGUAAGAUCUGCGGUGUUUCUAUCGUUAGAGCUGGUGAAUCCAUGGAGCAGGGCUUAAGAGACUGUUGUAGAUCUGUACGUAUUGGUAAAAUUUUAAUCCAAAGGGACGAAGAAACUGCUUUACCAAAGUUAUUCUACGAAAAACUACCAGAGGAUAUCUCCAAGAGAUAUGUCUUCUUAUUAGAUCCAAUGUUAGCCACCGGUGGUAGUGCCAUUAUGGCUACAGAAGUCUUGAUUAAGAGGGGUGUGAAGCCGGAGAGGAUUUUUUUCUUGAACUUAAUCUGUAGUCAAGAAGGUAUUGAAAAAUACCACGCUGCUUUCCCAGAUGUCAAAAUUGUUACUGGCGCUCUGGACAGAGGUUUAGAUGAAAAUAAGUAUUUAGUUCCAGGUUUAGGUGACUUUGGUGACAGAUAUUACUGUGUUUAA